GGAAGUAAACACAAACACGUUGAACACGGAGAACAAAACAUGGAGCUUUCAGAGCAGAAGCAAAAGACGGAUAUUUUACGGGACUUUCAGGCGUCUUUCUUCGCGAUGAGUCGUCUGGUUUCAUUUCCCUGGACUUUUUUAGAAAAAGAUCUUGAAAGCAACAAAUCUUCAGAGCUGAUAUCUGACAUCCUGAAACAGACUUGUCUUCACUCUCUGAGCCAGAAGUUUCCACCAUCAGUCCGUUACAGGAAGCUGUUUCUCUCUGAGCUCAUCAAACGGCAGGAGGCGGCCGGCUGCGAGCCUCUGGACGAACUGUACGACGCUCUGGCUGAAGUGGUCGGAGCUGAAGACACGACUGAGUGCUACAAGAGCUACUUACUGCCCUGUGGGGACGCCGUCAGCCUGCAGGAGAGCGUGGCUCUGAUCUCAGAGGGGACCACCGGCCUGGUGACCUGGGAGGCCGCUCUCUACCUGGCAGAGUGGGCUCUGGACCACCGGCACACCUUCACUGGCAGGACGGUUCUGGAGCUGGGCAGCGGUGUGGGGCUCAGCGGCAUCACCAUCUGUCGCUCCUGCAGCCCGGACAGAUACGUGUUCAGCGACUGUCAUCCCAGAGUCCUGCAGACACUCAGAGACAACGUCCGGCUGAACGGCCUCACCGAGGACACGUCUCCCAUGGUCAGCGUGCAGGAGAUGGACUGGACGAGCACGACGGAGGAACAGAUCAGACGGAUCGGGGUGGACACGGUCAUCGCUGCAGAUGUGGUGUAUGACCCAGAUGUUGUGGAGAGUUUGGUGGAACUUCUCUCUCUGAUCCUGAGCUGUUCGUCUCCUGACGUCUUCAUCUGCUCCACCGUGAGAAACCCAGAGACGUACGGCGGCUUCAAGCAGCAGCUCGAAUCUGCAGGAAUCAGCCACGAUGUGAUGACAGCAGCUGUCAGCCACGUGUUUCCCUACAACAGAGUUUCCACUAUAGAGAUGAUUAAACUGUACAGGUGACACAAACUGUAGCACAAUAAAGAUUUUAUUUACAAAUGUA